UAAUUUGGCACCUCCCAAAUUCGCAAAGUAAACAAGGGCAUAGAGGCUUUGAAGAAAUCAGAAGCAUCGAUCGGAUUGACUGCAUACAUGCCACAUGUUAGUGACUCAAAAAUUUGGCACUUGCUAGAGUUCCCUCGGUUGAACACGGAUUGAGGCCAUCUGUGCCGUGCAACAAUGGAAGCCAUCCACCUCGCCUACGUGCUCGUCUUCCUCCUCACCGUCUUCGUCCUCCGCCUCCGGGGCCGUGGGGGCUCUCCAGCCAAGCAGACAUGGACGACGACGGCCCACUGCCCGUACCCGAACCCGCUCCUGGGCAACACCCUCGAGUUCAUCCGCAACCGCCGCCGCUUCUUCGACUGGUACGCGGACCUGCUCCGCGCGGCGCCCUCGGGCGCCAUCGAGGCGUGGGGCCCCUUCGGCGCGGGCCACGCCGUGACCACCGGGAGCCCCGCCGACGUCGACCACCUCCUGCGCGCCGGCUUCGCGGGCUACGCCAAGGGCGCGCUCUUCCGCGACGCGACGGCGGAGCUCAUCGGCGACGGCCUCUUCGCCGCCGACGGCCGCCUCUGGAGCCUCCAGCGGAAGCUGGCGUCGCACGCCUUCUCGUCCCGCUCGCUCCGCCGCUUCGCCGACGGCGUCCUCGCGGCCCACCUGCGGCGCGGGCUCCUGCCGCUCCUGGACGACGCCGCCGCGGAGGGGCGGACCGUCGACCUGCAGGCCGCGCUGCGCCGGUUCGGGUUCGGCACCAUCUGCCACGUCGCGUUCGGCGUCGAGAGCGGGGACGCCCACUCGAGGCAGGAGGAGGCGCUCUUCGCGGCGUUCGACGCCGCCCUCGAGAUCUCCUUCCGGCGCGCGCUCGCGCCGGCCACGUUCGUGCGGCGCCUCACGAAGCUCCUCGACGUCGGCAGGUCGCGCCGGCUUAGGGAGGCCGUCGGCGUCAUCGACAGCUAUGCCAUGUCCGUCGUCGAGUCGAAGGAGGCGCGUCGGAGGAACGGCCUCGACGACGACGGGGAUGCCGCCGACCUGCUGUCACGGUUCAUGGCGGCCAUGGACGAGGAGGACGGCAGCGAGCUCGGCGCCAUGUUCCCCACUCCGGCAGCCAAGCGCCGCUUCCUGCGGGACGUGGUCAUCACCUUCGUCCUCGCCGGGAAGGACACGACGUCGUCGGCGCUGACCUGGUUCUUCUGGCUCCUCGCCGCGAACCCGCGCUGCGAGCGGCGGGCCCACGAGGAGGCCGCGUCGGGCGGCGGCGACGUGAAGGGGAUGCACUACCUGCACGCCGCCAUCACGGAGGCGAUGCGGCUGUACCCGCCGGUGCCGUUCAACGGCAGGGUCGCGGUGCGCGACGACGAGCUGCCGAGCGGCGCGGCGGUGCGCGAGGGGUGGUAUGCCAACUACUCGGCGUACGCGAUGGGGAGGAUGAAGACGCUGUGGGGCGAAGACUGCUUGGAGUUCGUGCCGGAGCGGUGGCUCGGCGACGGCGGCGAGUUCGUGCCCGUCGACGCGGCGCGGUACCCGGUGUUCCACGCGGGGCCGCGGGUGUGCCUCGGGAAGGAGAUGGCGUACGUGCAGAUGAAGACGGUCGCGGCGGCCGUGCUCCGGAGGUUUCGAGUGGAAGUGGUGGCGCCAGUGGCCGGAAUGGAGGCGCCGCCGGCAUACGAGAUGACGGCGACGAUGAAGAUGAAGGACGGGCUGUGGGUGCGGCUCACGAGGCGGGAAGAGUCAGCUGAGUGAUGAGAGGAGACUUUUCGUCUCAGGACACAAACGAGGACCCGGUUCUCACUGGAUAACGUGGCAACUAUUUUACUCACUCCAUUCUGCCCUAGUGUUCGCACUACUUCAGUAAAUGGCCAAUUCUAUACUCCCUCCAUACCAAAAAAACCUGACGUUUAGGACAGGAUUGUGGUAACCAAGGAGUGAUUAAUUAGAGGUUAGUUUUCCUUCUUUGCUCCUAAUAAAUAUGGUUGCGCUUGCUCUCUGUACGAGAAAGUUAACCAGCUCAGGCUAGUGCGCGGAGCCUGCAUUGCUGCGCCCCAGGUUCGAAUCCUGGCUGCCCCACCUUUUUUGUUGCCCACUUCAUUUUGCAUGGCGAUGGUCCGCUGCAUGGCACUGUUCGCCCUGCGUGGCGCGCGCGGACAGCAGUUUUGCUCGGCGCCUGCAUUUUUGCUUGGCGCGGACAACAGUCUUGCAUGCAUGCGGGGCAAUUGUUUCAUUCUCGCUUAGCACUUGUUUCAUUUUCGUUUGUUGCCUGCGCGCUCGGAUAGCUGAUGGUUCGCGCUCGUUUGGAAUAAGAAGAUCGACGUUUGAGCUGCCUGUACUCCACGCCACUGGCUUAUUUAUGCGGCAACUUGCUUUCUCUCUUCUCCACGCCAUUUGCUUGCUUGCUUAAACGCUUCUCUUUCCUUCUUUCUCAACCAUCUAUUCUUGCCAUCUUCUCUGUCCACUUAACCGAGCAAUGAGUGCUUUUUUCCCUGCCUUUGAUCUAAACGUUCGUUUGGAAGAAGAUGACGACGGCAACCUUCCCAUCGAUCUCAACGAGCCAGUUUUGGAAGAUGAGAACCACGGAAUAGAUUUGAACUUACCAUUAGAUGAAUUUGGAGCUGUUGACUUUGAUUACGUACAAAACCUCACUGAACAAGAUGGUGAUGCUCCCGUUCCACUACACCAACCGAAGAAUGACUAUUCUGAUCGUGUUAGACAACAAGUGUAUCAAGCAUUGUUGAUGAGAAGCAAAAAUGGGAAACUAGGCAACCAUGAUACAACAAUUGUAUCUAACCAAUUUGGAGUAAAAAUUAGAUCAGUUCAGCGCAUAUGGAGGCAAGGUAAAAACCAACUUUCUCAAAACAUUCCGGUCGUGGUUCCUAAUCUAGAGAAAGGUAGAAGUGGCCGCAAAGCAAUCCCUCUAGAUUUGGAAAAGUUGCGGGAUAUUCCUCUCAAGCAAAGGAUGACCAUAGAAGAUGUGUCUAGUAAACUUGGUAUUAGCAAAUCUAGGACACAAAGGUAUUUGAAAAGGGGUUUCAUUAGGCGCCACUCUAGUAGCAUCAAACCUUACCUCACUGAUGAUAACAAGAAGACUAGGUUGAAGUGGUGCAUUGACAUGAUUGAUCAAGGUUUGCUUGAUGAUCCAAAGUUCAAGGAUUUGUUUGACUUUGUGUUUAUUGAUGAGAAGUGGUUCUACCUCACUCAAAAAUCAGAGAGGUACUACUUGCUACCCGAGGAAGAUGAACCACACCGCCUUUGCAAGAACAAGAACUACAUCCCUAGGAUCAUGUUCUUAUGUGUAUGUGCUCGGCCACGAUUUAUAAAUGGAGUAUGUGUGUUUGAUGGCAAAAUAGGUUGCUUUCCACUAGUCAAUUUUGAACAAGCUAUUAGAGGAAGCCACAACCGUCUUCGUGGAGAGGAAGUAAUCAAACCAAUUCAAUCAAUCACAAGGGAUGUGAUAAGAGAUUUCAUGAUAAAUAGAGUGUUGCCCGCAAUUAGAGCAAAGUGGCCAAGAGAAGAUGUCAACAAGCCAAUAUUCAUUCAACAAGAUAAUGCUCCAUCUCAUUUAAAAGUUGAUGAUCCUCAUUUUUGUGCGGUUGCAAAGCAAGAUGGGUUUGACAUUAGGCUUAUAUGUCAACCACCCAAUUCUCCAGAUUUUAACAUUCUAGAUUUGGGGUUUUUUCGAGCUAUUCAAGCCAUUCAAUACAAGAAAGAUGCUAAGACAAUUAAAGAUCUAAUUCCAGUAGUGCAAGAGGCAUUUUUGGAGUACUGUCCAAAGAAAGCAAAUAGGAUCUUUGUCACACUACAAACUGUUUUGAAGGAAGCAAUGAAGGUAAAAGGUUGCAACAAAAUCAAGAUUCCUCACAUGAACAAACAAGCACUAGAGAGGGAAAAGAGGCUGCCAUUGCAAAUCCCUUGUGAAGCUUCAUUGCUAGCCGAAUCACUUGCUAGUCUUCCUGUAACAAAUUAGAAGAUGCAAGUUUAUGCAAAUUAUUAGAUGAGUGUAUCUUAGGUUUGCAAUGGCCAAAUUGAGAGAUGCUGUACUGUACCUUAGUGCUCUUUGUUUGCUGCUUCUUAAUAUGCUCUUCCACCUUCUUCAAAA